AAAGUGUUUACGGUAUCGUUUUGGAGCACCAUCGAGACACAGAAUUUUGGGCUUGUUCAGUCAGCUCCGGUCUACUGGUGGAUUAAUGCGGCAUUGUCCAUGGGGAUGGUUAACUGGCUUGCAUCUCUAUACAGCAUCUGGAAUGAUUUCAUGGAGCGGGAAGAAGGUCCUCACAAGCCCCAGUAUUGCAUACUACUAUGUAUUCCGGUUGUUGCAGGUCAAUCAAUAUGGGUCAUGUCAUGCCAUGUCACGAAAUUCCAUUAAGCUUCGGGGGAAUGGAUCUGUUUGGGUCUUUUCCUUGGAAUUGAGCAUUCUCGACGGGCGAUUACAGUCGCUGGUGAGGCACAUCAAAAGUUAGUGGGAAGCAUGAAGUGAGAUUUGGCGACGGGUCAUGUACCCAGAGGCGGACAAAAGCAGUGGAGA